GAGGAGUCCACUUCAGACACAUUUAAACCUUUGCAGACUUCUGAGUCUGCAGGACCUCCAGAGUCCAUCUGCAGCUCCUAACUACUGGACCAGGAGUGAGAGCAGCUAGCUGGUUCUGAUGAUCCAGAGCAGAAGAAUUUUGAACAUUUCUGUUGGACUCGGAGGCAGAAGCAGGAUUUAGUGAAUCAGAUCCAGGAUCAGCAGAGGCUUUGAUGGUAAACAGUAGGGGCGAGGCCCCCGCCUUGGCCGUGAUGGGUGGCGGCAGCAGUCCAGCGACGGGCAGGUCGUGUGCCGGAUGUGGAGGACGAAUCGCCGACCGCUUCCUGCUCUUCUCCAUGGAGCGGUACUGGCACACCCGCUGCCUGAAGUGUUCGUGUUGUCACACUCAGCUGGGAGAAUACAGCAGCAGCUGCUACAGCAAAGGAGGCAUGAUCCUCUGUAAGAACGACUACAUCAGACUCUAUGGACUCAGUGGAGCUUGCAGCGCUUGUGGACAGUCCAUUCCUGCCAGCGAGAUGGUGAUGAGAGCUCAAGGCAGCGUAUAUCACCUGAAGUGUUUCACAUGCUCCACCUGCAGGAACCGUCUAGUUCCCGGCGACCGUUUCCACUACAUCAACGGGACGAUCUUCUGUGAACACGAUCGUCCUGGAGGAGGUCUCCUAGGUGGACACGCCACUCCUCUGCAGACCAGCAGCAUGAUGUCGGACCAGAAGGUCUGCUGAAGAUGAGGAUGGAAAACCAGAUGUGCCUUCUUCCUCGUCUUUGUUUGGGCUUGCUCCUCUGACGUUCUGCUCUUGGUUCAGACUGACUUCAGCUCAGAAGGGUUUGAGGAAUUAAACUUGAACAUCAUGGAAAUAUUCUUCCUACUGCUGAAGAAGGAAAACUCUCCUUGAAGUUUGACUGAUUCCAGCGGAAGUAUCCAGCUCACAGAGAAGGAACCAAACAGCUGUGAGAAGACUCCCUUUUGGCUUCCAGGACAAAAAAACCACAUGAUUGGAGCGACCAGAAGGGAGAGGAUGUCAACUAAACCUCAGAAGCUCUGAGUCCAUCUCAUGGUCCAAUAGAACCUCCUCCUAACACAGCAAGAACCUCUGUUGGACCUCAUCAGUUUUACGAGGUUCUGGAGGAGUUCUGGUCCACAGACAUUUGCCUCUCUGGAGGUCCCACUUGGUUCUGGUGUGGAUCUGCUGCUGUGUUUGGAUCAGGUUUCUGUUCUGUGACCUGGUUUCCUUCAGACAAAUGAGCCCACAUCAGACUCCAGAACUCUUUAGGUAUCCAGAGGAGUUCCUGGUGGGCACAGAACCAGCCCAAACCAUCAACCCUCCACCACCGUGCUGACAGCCGGGAUCAGCUGUUGGUGCUGCAGUGCAUUAUGGGAAAACAUCCCCUCUCUGUGGUCGGUUUAGAUGAUGUUUUACCAGCCUGAUCUGAGCGGCCAUGUUGGUUUUUCUCCUUAAAUCCUUCCCACUAAUCUGUGUUUUGUUUUUUACCAUUUAUAUCGUGACCUUUGACCUUCUAACUGAGGGCUGUAGAGGUCAGAGGUGGAGCUCAGAGCUUCUCAACAUUUUUUUGAUAGUUUUCAUGUUUUUGGAUCACAUGAUGUCACAUCAUUCACCGUUUGAAAGGAAGUGGUUGUUUCUUUGACCUUUGACCUGAACAGAAAAAUGAUCUGGAAGUCUGGUUUUAUAAUCAUAUUUACUUCACUGUGGGAGGAACACAAAGCUACAGCGUCUGGUUUAGGACACCCUCAGGUAUCGGCAAACACCUUCAGAGUUCUGACCAAUCAGCUGCUAGAUGAGUCAGUUGGAUCCAAAGUCUGAGGCCUGGAAUGUCCUAACAUGACCACCGUACACAGCAGAGCAAGUUUCUUCCUUCCUAAAAACCUGGAUGAGGAUGUAUUUUAUUUCUUUGUUCCAGAUGUUUCUUAGUGUUUAAGUUAUUGACAUGAUGCAGACUCUAGAGGUUUGUCCUUAAAGUCACACACUUCUGGAUCUUCUGGCUGUUAUUAAAGUUUGUGAUUCUCUGU